CUAAUACUAAUGAAUAAUUAAAUGAUUCAAAUAAAAUUACAAAAUCGAAAUGUUGUAAUAUAAUCAAGCUUGACGAUAUCUUCAGGCUUGGUUCAAUUACAGGCUUAACACAAACUGAAAAGUGAAAACCGAAAAACGAAAAUUAACCAACAAAAACAAAAUCCAGCUUCAUUGAAGCCCCAAUUCAGAAAUCCAUGGCUGAUCCAAUCGACAGAUACCAAACGCUAAAGCUUAAAGAAUCUCUCUCCGACCCUUCCCUAUACACCCUCGCCUGUAAAGAAUUAAGCUUUAUUCUAAAAUAUGCCUACUCAAAAUCCCCUAAAAAUCUGCAAUUGCUCAUUUUUCAAGAAACCCUCUACGCCUUCAGCUGCCUCCCUGAGGUUCAUACACAGUCAGCAAUUUCUGCUGCAAACUCUCUUCUGCAAAGUGCUGAAUCUGCUCUGCCGAAGCAAAAGAGGGCUUUGGCGGUGGCGGAGCACAAGCACGCUGUAGUUGCUACGAAGAGAAAGUGCAAGACGGUUAACGAAGAAGAAGGUUUAGAUCUGAUUUCGGAGGAUGUUCUUCUACAUAUAUUCAGCUUCUUAGAUUUGCAUUCUCUGGUGAAUGCUUCUGCUGUGUGCCGGUCAUGGAAUGCUGUUGCUAGUGACAACCAACUCUGGAAACUAUUAUUUGCCGUUUUUGUUUCCAAUUGGGAUAAUGUUAGGAAGGAUUAUGAUUGCUUUUAUGGAGUUACUAGGAAUGGUGACAAGUUUCGUUUGUUAGAUGAAGUUUGUGCUGGGGUCAGUACAGACUGGAGACGCGCUUUAAAAAGAGCCUUUAAACAGACUUCUUUUAGCAAAUACAAAUCUUACAGGGGAUACUGUCGGGUUUGCUGUUCGGUCGUUUGGCUAAAUAGCACCAAAUGUCCUGAUAAAACUGAUUCAAAAGAUGGGUGGAACCACCAAAUUUCGCCUAUAUCAAGACAACACAUUGUUGAAUAUAUUUUAAGGAGCUCGAUUUUGGAUUAUUCUUCUUCAGACAGUGACGAUGAUUGUGUAAGCACAUCCGUUUUUAGCAAUAGGCUGUGGGCUUAUCGGAGGCAGACUGUCAGAUGAUCAAUGUGGUCUCGAAUUGUGACAAAAAAUGUUCUUACACCAUUUUUUGUGUUUACGAAAGAAUGCAUAGAUCUCCAUGUAUGAUCUCAGUUAAUUGGAUAAAACUAGAAUUCAAAGUGGUACGUUCAGUUUUGCUGAAAGAUGCCCUACUUUUUCAAUCUAUCCAUGAUCACAUCAACCACAAACUGUUUUUUUUUUUUCCCUGAUAACGACACAAGUUAUAUUGCUUGCAAGGAAUGACUUUGAAUUCAACAGAAGAUAUGCACCGUGAUCACCUUUUUGAAUGCAAACUCACCAAAUUGAGGAGUCAAAAAGUCAGAAAAGACUGACCAGGUGAAUCUCUAUAAUUCCCCACAAAAUCUCAACGCAUUCACAUUCAGUAAACAU